UGCGGUAACCACUUCCGAUCAACAUGGCGGUGGUGAGAAAGAAAGACGGUGGUGCAAACCAAAAGUUUUUCGAGUCGUCUGAGACUAUUGCACAGUUUGAUUCAGUUCGGACAUGGCUUCACAAAAACUGCAAGAAAUACACACAAGCAGAACCCCCUACCAACAAAAGCUUGGCCAGUUUAGUGGUACAGCUGAUACAGUUUCAGGAAGAUGCCUUCGGAAAACAGGUCAAGGCCCCUCCCCUUACCAAGCUACCAAUGAAAUAUUUCCUGGACUUCAAGUCUGGAGGUGCUCUAUGUCACAUACUUGCUGCAGUGUACAAGUUCAAAAGUGACCAAGGCUGGAGAAGAUUCGACUUCCAGUCCCCCUCGCGCAUGGAUCGUAAUGUGGAGAUGUUCAUGCAGAUAGAGAAGUCCCUAGUGCAGAACAAGUGUCUUCUGAUCCCCAGUGUGUAUAUCAAGUCUUCUAUGGAGAAAUCUCUCAGUAGUAAGCUGAAGGAUAUCAUUACAAGACACAAGGGGACGGUGGUGGAGGAUUCCGAUGAGGCCACACACAUUGUGUAUCCUCCCACAGAGAAAGAGCCUGAGGACUAUGUCAGGCCUGUGAUGAAGAGAGAUAGAUGUACCAUGGUACACUGGUGGUACUAUCCAGACAGUUAUGAUACAUGGGUGACUGAUGUCCACAUUGAUCAGGAGCCUGGAUCUCCUGCUUUACCAGAAACUGCCUGGGAGGUUAAUGGAAACUGGAUUUUAGACCUGGAUGAGUUCAAUGAAUGGAUGAAUGAAGAAGACUAUCUGAUUGAUGAUGAAAAUGGAUCUGAAAGUGGCAGCAGAAAGGGCAGGAAACAACGUGUGAAGCUUACUGUAGAGGAGAUUGCUCCAAGUCCGGACCCAGACAGAAAAGAGAAAAAGAAAGGGAAAAGAAAGCGCUCACCUAGUCCAUCAUCUGACAAGAAGAAAAAGAGGGGAGCUGCAGGGAGGUCCACUCCAUCCAGUAAGAAGAAGGCCACAUCGUACAAGGAUGAAGAUUCGGAAGAUUUGACCAAAGACAUGGAGGACCCAACCCCUGAACCUAACAUUCAGGAAGUUCACAUUCCUAAAAAUGCCUCCAGUUCACGGAGUGGCAAGGACAGUGAGCUGCAGCCAAUCAAAGGCGGAACUCUUAUGGAUGUGGAGGAAGAUGCUGAUGGGGUGGAAGAAAACAAAGAGAACACAGAGGAUGCAGGAAAGUCCAUGGACCAUGAAGAGAAUGUGACAGAGCAAACACACCAUAUAAUCAUCCCCAGUUACUCUGCCUGGUUUGACUAUAACAGUAUACAUGCCAUAGAAAGGAGAGCUCUACCAGAGUUCUUUAAUUCCAAAAAUAAGUCUAAAACACCAGAAGUGUAUAUGGCCUACAGAAAUUUCAUGAUAGACACUUACCGUCUGAACUCUCAGGAGUAUUUAACAAGUACAGCCUGCAGGAGAAACCUGGCUGGGGAUGUGUGUGCUAUUAUGAGGGUCCAUGCCUUCCUGGAACAGUGGGGUUUGAUUAACUACCAGGUGGAUGCUGAGAACAGACCCACAGGGAUGGGGCCACCCCCCACCUCCCACUUCCAUGUGUUGUGUGACACCCCCUCUGGAUUGGGGCCACUCAACCCACCCAGGACCAGCCAGCCAUCCGCUGCCAAACAAGUGAUGGACUUUGACAAGAGCAAAGAAAGAGAAGGUGAUGAGAAGAGAGAAGGGCAGACAUUUGGACUGAGGACAGACACCUAUGCCCAGAAAGCUCUCAAGGAGAAAGGCGCAGCUACCAGGACCCGGGACUGGACAGAUCAGGAGACCCUGCUGCUACUAGAGGCUCUCGAGAUGUAUAAAGACGACUGGAACAAGGUUUGCGAACAUGUAGGAUCGCGCACCCAGGAUGAGUGCAUUCUUCACUUCCUGCGCCUGCCAAUAGAGGAUCCUUACCUUGAAGAUGACGGACCCUCACCUCUUGGUGAGUCAGGCCCCCUGACAUACCAGCCCAUUCCAUUCUCCCAGAGUGGAAACCCCAUCAUGACCACGGUGGCCUUCCUAGCUUCAGUAGUGGACCCCAGGGUGGCCAGCGCCGCCUCCAAGUCUGCUCUAGAGGAGUUCUCCAAGAUGCGUGAUGAGGUGCCGUCAGUGCUGAUAGACCAACACGUCAAGAACGUGGAGCAGGCAGUGGCGGAGGGCAAACAGGUCAAUGCAGACUAUGGAUUGGAUAAGAGUGGGAUUGCUGGCACCAGUAUGGAAAAGGAAGAAAUUCCAGAAGGUGAGAAAAAAGAGGGGAAAGAAGGAGAGGGAGAAAAGAAGGAAGAGGAAAAUAAAGAGGGAGAGAAAAAGGAGGAAGAAGUGAAAGAAGAAAAAUCUGAAGAGAAGGAAGAAGACAAAGUGAAGGAAGAAGCCAUGGAAACAGACCAAGAAGAUCAGAAGCCGGAGGAAAAGGAAGGAAAGGAAGAGAAAGAAAAAGAUGGAGACAAAGAUGAUCAGACAGAUGAUAAAAAGGAGGAAAAGAAGGAAGAGGAGAUGCAAGGAGAUUCUACAGUAAAGACAGAAGGAGACGGUGCAUCCACAGAACCUUCCAAAGAAGUAGCAGUCAAAGAAAACAUCACAGAGUCCAAUAUACAGGCAGCAGCUGCAGCAGCACUGGCCUCAGCAGCAGUGAAGGCAAAGCAUCUGGCAGCAGUGGAGGAACGCAAGAUCAAAUCUCUGGUAGCGCUAUUAGUGGAGACGCAGAUGAAAAAGCUGGAGAUUAAACUGAGACAUUUCGAGGAACUCGAGUCCAUCAUGGACAGGGAAAGAGAAGCUCUGGAAUACCAACGGCAACAACUUUUGCAAGAGCGCCAGCAGUUCCACAUGGAGCAGUUGAAGGCAGCCGAGUAUCGUGCCCGCCAGAUGGCAGCACAGCAGUUACAGAUCGAGAAAAUGCAGCAGCAGCAUCAACAGUUCCAGCAGCAACAGCAGCAAAGUUUGCAGCAACAUUCUGCACCAUCCUCGUCCCCGGCACCACAUCAUUUAGGUGCUGGUGAUCAUGUAUCACAUCACCCUCCUCCACCUGAGGCACCCUCAGCCUCGGCAGUACCGGCGCCACCUGAACCAGAGGAGCAGACACCACCAGUGGCACCACCCAUGCCAUCAGCACCACAAGAUACAGCACCACCAGCACCAGUGGAGCCAACAGCACAAGAACCCCCAGCAGCACAAGGUUUACAACAGGAAGAAGCUAUGGAGACAGACUCUGCCCAUCCACUGCCCUCUGAAACCAUGCCACAGACUCUGCCUACCCAGUCAUAGUAGAAUGGUGAAACGUGAAUUUAUACUUACUAGAGGCUUGCCAUACCAAACGUAAUAGAAACCUAUACACUAUGCACCUGCGCUAUCAGAUAGAACUUUCCACACAUUAUGGGUACAUAGCUCAGUUGUGAACAAGAAGUAAUACAAAUUGCUGUCACUGUGCCACGCCUUACAGAAUUUAAGUAGCUGCUCCAGUUCUUCUCUACAGACAAUUUGUCUUAAUUGUCAUAAUUUGACUGAAAAUAAUUCAUACUUUAGUGUAUAACUGAGAUGGCAAAUGUCACAGCCAUUGUGCUGUAUUGUCACAAGUAAUGCAACUAUAACAAAGCUGAACAUGCCAAUAGUGUGCUCUCACAACCUGCCCCACAGUACCAUGGACUGUAGAUGGCAGCAGUAUCUGAGGUAUUAAUACAAGCCCCAUCAGUGUCAUGAAAGAAACAAUAGGUGUGCAUCAUCCAUGCCCUCACAGGAAGUUCCUAAGGUAGGGGGGAGCGUUAUCAUCAAGAAGUCUAGGCUUUUUCAUCACAGUUGUUCUGUAUUUCAUUUAAAAGCCUGUCCACAAAAAAAAAA